AUGGCCCCAUCAGUCAUCGAGCCCAGCAUCAUAACCAGCAACGGUACAACGCUGCCUCUCUCGAGCGCGCCCAAUGACCUAGACGCCGCGAGGUCAGCGAGAAGCGGAUACCAGCGAUUCGGACACGUGCUAUGGUACGUGGGCAACGCAAAGCAAGCGGCGUCCUACUACGUGACGAGAUUCGGCUUCAAGCUGGUGGCGUACCGGGGCCUCGAGACCGGGUCGCGCCAUAUUGCGAGCCAUGUCGUGAGUAAUGGCGCCGUGACAUUUGUUUUUAGCUCGCCGUUACAACAAGAAGAAGUGGCAGAGAUAUACGCCCACCUCGAACAACACGGCGACGGGGUCAAGGAUGUCUCCUUUGAAGUCGACGACGUCGAAGCCAUCUACUCGCAGGCCAUCCAGCGAGGUGCCUCCGGCGCGGCCGAGCCCACGACUAUCACAGACGAACAUGGCACGAUUGUGAUGGCUAGUAUCAAAACGUAUGGCGAUACGACGCAUACCCUGAUUGACCGGUCACGAUACCGGGGCGUGUUUCUUCCCGGCUUCAAGCGUGUGCAGGCUUCUGAUCCGUUGAACGAGUUACUUCCGGAUGUACCCCUCGAAGCCGUAGAUCAUUGCGUGGGCAAUCAGGACUGGAACCAGGUCGAAGCCGUGUGUGACUAUUACGAAAAAUGUCUCGGCUUCCACCGCUUCUGGUCCGUCGACGACAAGGACAUAUGCACAGACUACUCCGCGCUGCGCUCCAUCGUCAUGGCCUCGCCCAACGAGCUCGUCAAGAUGCCGCUGAACGAGCCGGCGCCGGGAAAACGCAAGUCGCAGAUCGAAGAAUACGUCGAUUUCUACAACGGGCCGGGGGUCCAGCACAUUGCGCUGCGCACGGCGGAUAUUGUGACGGCCGUGACGCAUUUGCGUGCGCGCGGGGUCGAGUUUAUUUCUGUUCCGGAGACGUAUUAUCUUGCUAUGCGCAAGCGGCUGGCGGCGGCGGGAAUGCAGCUCGACGAGGACUUUGACGUGAUUCAGCGCCUGAAUAUCCUGAUUGAUUUUGACCAGUCGGGGUAUUUGUUGCAGCUGUUUACAAAGCCGCUUAUGGACCGCCCAACGGUGUUUAUUGAAAUAAUCCAACGAAACAAUUUUGCUGGAUUCGGAGCAGGGAACUUUAAGAGUCUCUUUGAAGCGAUUGAGCGAGAGCAGGCCGAGCGGGGGAACUUGUGA